UCAAAUUAAUGACGUUGGCAUAUAGCUAAGGAAAUCGAGAAACUUGAAACGCUGUCGUUUGAAGAUGAAGGGGAAGGCAGUGGUGGUUGGCGGCAGCAUCGCAGGCUUGUCGUGCGCCCACGCGCUCAUCACCGCCGGCUGGGGAGUAGUGGUGCUGGAGAAAACAAGCUCCCCAGCGACGGGUUGCGCCACCGGUGCCGGACUCGGCCUCGACCUUUUAUCGCAGAAACUCAUCAAAUCAUGGCUCGAUCAACCUCAUACGCUCGACCUCACCACAUUGCCGCUCACAAUUGAUCAAAGUGAAGCAACUGAUGGGGAGAAGAAAAUCAAUCGGAUGCUAACAAGGGAUGAGAAAUUCAAUUUUAGAGCAGCACUCUGGUCUGAUCUGUACAGCCUUCUGUACAAGGCAUUGCCUCCAGGGACAGUCCACUGGGGGCAAACGUUUCUCUCCUUUCGCGUUUCCGAUGACGAAAAUUGCGUGAAGGUGAAGCUUAAAGCUUCUAAAUCUGGAGAGGUGACUGAGGUUGUAGGUGAUCUUCUUGUGGCAGCUGAUGGCUGUCUCUCUUCUAUACGGCAGAGUUUCUUUCCCGAGCUUAAAUUGAGGUAUUCAGGUUAUUGUGCAUGGAGAGGAGUCCUUGAUUUUUCGAACAAUGAGGAUUCGGACACCAUUCUUGGGCUCAAGAAGGCUUUCCCUGAUCUUGGGAAAUGCUUAUAUUUCGACUUGGGAUCAGGAACUCACUCUGUGUUUUAUGAGCUGUUGAACCAGCGGAUCAAUUGGAUUUGGUACGUGAAUCAGCCGGAGCCACAGCUUAAGGGAAACUCGGUAACCAUGAAAGUAAGCAGUGAUAUGAUCGCCAAAAUGCAUGAAGCAGCAGAGAAGGUUUGGGUACCCGAACUGAUGAAAGUUAUACGAGAAACAAAAGAUCCUUUCUUGAAUGUGAUAUACGACUGUGAACCGCUGGGCCAAAUUGUUUGGCAGAACGUGGUCUUGAUUGGAGAUGCAGCUCAUCCGACUACACCGCAUGGUCUGAGGAGCACAAACAUGUCGAUAUUAGAUGCUGCAGUCCUCGGGAAGUGUCUUGAGAAGUGGGGAGUCGAGAAUCUAGCUUCAGCUCUUCAAGAAUAUCAAUCCACUCGUCUGCCUGUCACAACAGAGCAGGUCCUGUUUUCACGAAGAUUAGGGCGUAUCAAGCAAGGUCUGCAACUUCCUGACCGCCAGCCCCUUGAGCCAAGAACAGCAAGUUGGGAAGAUUGUGAGGAACUGCAGCAGAAGAAGAUGCCUUUUCUGUCAGAUACGCCUUCUAUUCUGAGCCAUAUAAAACUGUUGGAGGAUUAAACCUGUUAUUCUUCUAUGUCUAAAACAUUCCAUGUCAAUAUCUUAUCUUUAUGUAAGUUAUUCCUAGUGAUUCAAACAGAAUGGAUGCUAGUUUUUUUUAAGUA